CUGUGAGAUCCUAGUAGCUGCUGAUACUUGAUUGGCUGGGGCAGGGGUGGCCCUGGUAACGGCGCCUGCACUGGGAGCUGGAGACCAAAGGGCUGGAAGGGGACGGGGAACAGAGGAUAUAGGGAGGAUGAGGUGCCAGGAAAGUCGCCCUCCCCCUGCUCCUGUUCCUCCUGGGAAGUCUCGUCUUGCAGCAGGGAGCACGUCAUACUGGACAACCCAUGCCCGCUGUCCCGGUGAGAAGAGACCAUGGUAGCUCUGCCAUUAGACCUCGUACCAGCCCCAGGAGCGCCAGACUGUCCAGGGCAGAAUGAGGCACCCCUCCUGCCCCAGACAGGCUUUAACACAGAUCAUGCCGAUGCUACCCCCUCCCUCCCCAUGUCCUGCUCCGAGGAGGACCACUCCUACCCGCGGUCCUCAUCUUCCAGCCCUGCUGGAAACAAUCACUCCAGCCUCAGCCAGAGCGAGACAACAGACCAAGGCUCCCUGAGCGAGGACAGCAUGAGUCUGGAAGCAUCAGAAAGCCCGAGGCCAGUGGGCUUGAGUCAGAGCCCCCCAUCACAGCAGGCAGCCAAAGAGCCCUGGCAUCCUCUGCCACAAGCCUCCAAGGGCAGAGAUGGGAGCCAUGUCCUAUCUCACGUCUCUGAGGCGGCUUCUCUCACCCCAGGGCUGGAGUGUGCCUGGUCCACUCCCAGUUUCUCUCUGACACCGGAGGUCGGGUGUCUCCGGUCAGCCUCACCCCUCCAAGACGGGGCGCUAGGAUGUGCCUCUCAGCAUGUCCAGGCUUCUGGCUCUAUCCACCUGAAGCAGAAGGAGCAGAAGAGAGAGGGCAACAGCAGUGAGUGGAUUGGGAGGCAGCUGUCUCAUAUGGAGGACAGGCUGAGAGCCAUGCAGCAGCUACAGGGACGUGUGCAGUGGGACCUGGUGCAGGCUGUACGGCUUGUGCAUUCGGAACUGGCCACUGUCAACUGGCACCUGAGCAGGCUGGUGCAACUCUAUGAACAUCAGGCUGCAGCUACUCAGGCACUGCAAGGGCAGGGGGCCACUGUGCCAGAGGGGAGACCCCCUUGGAAAGCAGCCAAGCAGCUCCAGAGCCCCCCCUCUUCCCAGGGCCCUUUCCAAAGCACUCCAGCUGGGAGGGGUGGGGUGUGAGGUGGGAGUGUGCAUCCGGGCCCUGGGAGUGCUCUGGGAGCAGUGCUGGCGCCUUUGGUUGGGAUUAUUAAACAAUAAAGGAUUCAGUCCUAGCAACUGAUACCCACAGGGCACCAUGUGCUGCUCACUCAUAUAAGGAGAUACACCGGCCGUAAAUGUCAGUGCAAAGCGACAGUUCUUGGAACACUGCUCACUCGGUCACAUUGUCUGGGGAGAGCGGGCCUGUGACUCUUUGGGGAGCACCGUCAAUACCUGGUUCUGUCACCGCCUGCCCUGUAACCUUGGGGGCCUUAACGCUGUGCUGCUGUGGCUCAGAGUCCUGACACCCAUAGCCAGCCCACAAGCAUAAAGGUCUUGCUCUGGCUUCCACCAGCCUGGUUGCUUCUUGCAGGCUGACCCCAGUAGCCCUCCAGCCACACGUCUUCCCAAAUCCAUCCACUCCGAGUCUCUCCUACCAGACACUCCGACUGUUUCCUCUGGCUCAUCUCCCCUGGCGGCAGGAAACCAGCC